GGGGGCGUCUGAGACGCCAGGAAGCUCCCUGCCGGGCGCAUGGUGGCCUGAUGGGAUGUGAGGGGUGGCGGUGAAGGUGUGACGUGGGGUGCUUCAGAGCGGGUCACUAUGGUACGAGAACGGAAAUGCAUAUUGUGCCACAUUGCGUACAGCUCAAAAAAGGAGAUGGACGAACACAUGCGGAGCAUGUUGCAUCACAGGGAACUUGAGAACCUGAAGGGCAGGGACAGUAGCCACGAGUGCCGCGUGUGCGGAGUCACCACAGUGGGUCUCUCUGCAUAUGCAAAACACAUUUCUGGCCAGUUGCACAAAGAUAAUGUUGAUGCUCAGGAAAGAGAAGAAGAUGGAAAGGGAGAAGAAGAGGAAGAGGAAUAUUUUGACAAGGAACUUGUUCAGUUAAUAAAACAAAGGAAAGAACAAAGUCGACAAGACAAAUCUUCUAGUAGCAGCCAAGAAAUAAACUCAGAUGGCAGACAACCCCAGUGGAGACGAGAAGACCGAAUUCCUUACAAAGAUAGAGAGAAUUACAGUCAGCCAGCAAGGCAUCAUCGUGGACCUCCACAGUGGGAUUGGAAAUGGGAAAAAGAUGGCUUUAAUAAUCCUAGGAAAAAUGGCUUUUCACAUUCUUUGAGGAAUGGUGGUGGACCAAGAGGAUGUGCUGGGUGGCAUAAUGGGAUUGCAAGGGGCUCCUCAACUUGGUUUCACAACCAUAGCAAUUCUGGGGGAGGUUGGCAUCCAAAUAAUGGGAUGGUGGAUUGGAAUUAUAAUGGUCCAGGAAGGAAUUCCAGUUGGCAUUCUGAAGGAACAGGUGGUUUUUCCAGUUGGCAUAUGAACAACAGUAACGGAAACUGGAAAUCCAAUGUACGUAAUAUGAAUAGUUGGAAUUACAAUGGUCCUGGAGACAAAUUUCAACCAGGCAGAAACAGAAAUUCUAACUAUCAGAUGGAAGACAUGAAUAUGCCAUGGAACAAGAAAUCUAAUAUGUCAAGCAAAUACAAUCAAGAGAGAUAUAAUUGGCAGUGGCAAGAUAAUGAUAAAAUUGGUACAGUUGCGGCAUACAGAAGUUCUUCUGAAGACUUUACCAGUGAUAGAUUUCCUUCAGAAGACUUACAUGACUUCAAUUUUGAGCAACCAGAAAGCCAGACUUCUAAACAAAUAGAUAGUGCAGCUACCAAAACUGGUGGGAAGAAUGGCAGUGUAGCAAGGGAAAAGCUCCAUCGCUGGACUCCGUACCCUUCCCAGAAGAGUCUGGAUUUACAGUCGGCAUUGAAAGAAGUCACUGGUAAUAAGUCAGAAACGACAGAUAAGCCUCUCUUUGAUUUUAGCUUGAUAACCGCAGGAAUACCAGCACCUCUAACUGAUGAAGCUAAGAAUUCCCCAACACUAAAAGCACAAAAAGAAAAACCUAAUGGAUCUCUUAAUCACAAAGCCCCUUCUGACCACCCUGCUUCCUGUGAGGUGGUGAGAGAUUGUCCCAUUAUAGAUAACCCUGAACAAGAACAUAAUUCAAAUAAGAUGCUCUCUUUGAAAUCCCCACUUCCACUUCCGGCCACUAAACCCAUUUCUCAAAAGCAAGACCCAAAGACUCCCUCAAAAAACACCAAAACAGAUUCUUUUGCUGCAGGAAACUCAAAUCCCUUGAACAAACCCACUUUAGAAGAUAAUCAUGGUUCUUCCUCCCUGUCCAAAACGCGUACUUCAUGUUCUCGUAAAGGGAGUAAGACUGCAUCUGGCACUCAGAAAGAUUUGGAUCUUAAUUUAACUAAUACAAUACAAAAAGCCAAAGAAAUGCUACAGUGUCAUGAGUCAUUGAAGGAUCCACCUCAUAGCACUUCUAAAAGGACCAGGAUCUAUGCAAAAGCAAGUAGGAAUGUACAGGAGUCUGAAAAAGGAUCUUUGAAGAUUGAAUUUCAAGUACAAACAUUAGAAGAUGAAAGUGAUGGAGAAACAUCUGACACAGAAAAGCAUGGAACGAAAAUUGGAACCCUGGGUUCUGCAACUACAGAAAUUUUACCCUGCAGCGCUCAUACUCUUGGUGAGAAAGAAGAAGAUGACCAGAUCCUGAAAGCGUCUGGAAAACUUGCCUUUACCUCAUGUAAUUCUACGGUUAAUGAGAAAGAAUCUGAGUCACAAAUGCCAUCUGCAGCCAGUCCACACUCUGGCUUACUCCUGGAUCUGAAGACUUCUCUAGACAGCCAGGGUGCUGACCCUGUUAAAUCUCACGUAUCUUAUGAAGCAGAAGCCUUUGAGAGUACUAGCUUGGAAGCACAACUUCACAAAAGUGGUAUCAGUCAGCCCUCCGGUUCUCUUCUGCCUGAACUAAGUAGACUUGGCUUUCCUGCCUCCCUCCAGAGAGAUCUAACCCGGCACAUCAGUUCAAAGAGCAAGACUGGAGCACACCUUCCUGAGCCAAACCUCAAUAGUGCCCGCCGCAUUCGCAAUAUUAGUGGUCAUCGGAAGAGUGAAACAGAGAAGGAGUCUGGUCUCAAGCCAACCCUGCGACAGAUUCUGAAUGCAUCUCGGAGAAAUGUUAACUGGGAACAGGUCAUUCAGCAAGUAACCAGGAAAAAGCAAGAGCUGGGCAAAGGCUUACCCAGGUUUGGCAUAGAAAUGGUACCUCUGGUUCAGAAUGAACAAGAAGUCUUAGAUUUAGAUGGGGAGCCUGACCUGUCCAGUCUUGAAGGGUUCCAGUGGGAAGCUGUUUCCAUUUCCUCAUCCCCUGGGUUGGCCAGAAAGCGAAGCCUUUCUGAGAGCAGUGUGAUCACCGACAGGGCUCCUGUAUACAGCUUCUUCAGUGAGGAAGGGACUGGCAAAGAAAAUGAGCCCCAGCAGAUUGUUUCACCUAGUAACUCACUGAGUGUUGCACAGAGUCAGAAAGCAACCCUGUGCCUUAAACAGGAAGCAACACCUCUGCCUGCCUCCCUCAGAACAUGUGAAAGGGCUGAAAACUUCGCUAUCCGAAGGCGACAUAGUACACAAUUGCCAUCUGACCAUAUGAUACCUUCGAUGCAUUCUGCAAAAGAUAUGAACAGCCAGGAAUGCUCUAUAUCACCACCCAAGACUCAAAAUGCCCUGGAGAGCACUGGAGAAGGGAGCUGUCCGUCAUCAAAUGCGUCCUCAGUCCUUGCAAUCUCCAGCUUGGCAGAUGCAGCUACAGAUAGUAGCUGUACCUCUGGUGCUGAACAGAAUGAUGGCCAGUGUAUUAGAAAGAAGCGAAGAGCCACUGGAGAUGGAUCUUCUCCUGAACUCCCAAGUCUUGAGAGAAAAAAUAAAAGAAGGAAAAUUAAAGGAAAGAAAGAACGAUCUCAGGUUGACCAGCUGCUGCAUAUCUCCUUAAGAGAGGAAGAACUAAGCAAAUCCCUGCAGUGCAUGGAUAACAACCUUCUGCAAGCCCGGGCAGCCCUGCAGACGGCGUACGUCGAAGUUCAGAAGCUACUCGUGCUCAAGCAGCAGAUAACUAUGGAGAUGAGUGCACUGAGGACCCAUCGGAUACAGAUUCUGCAGGGAUUGCAAGAAACCUAUGAACCUUCUGAGCACCCAGACCAGCCUCCCUAUAACUUCAUCCGAGAACAGAGGAGCAGCAGAUCUCAGACAUCCGCUGAUGCCACACUACUGCCUGCUCCUUUUUUCCCAGCUUUUCUGGGACCACCUCCUUCACAUGGGUGUCUGUCACCCACUGGAGCCCCUCUGCAAGUAACCACGUCGGCUGCACUCCAGGCCCAUGGCAGUACCCCUGCCCCAGACUCAUCGGUGCAGAUUAAACAAGAGCCCAUGUCUCCCGAGCAACAUGAGAGUGUGGAUAUCAUGUCACAGGGCUCUGCUUGCGGUGCACCCAAGGACUUACUGCAAGCUAGUAGAGAGAUCAGUGGCAGUCAUCUAAUUAAUUCAGGCCUCAUGGCAAUAGAAAGUUGCCAGGAGCCUAACCAAGAUCUGAAGUUUUCUGUGGAGCAAGGAAAUAGAAGCAGAGAAAACUCUCCCUCUUCCCGAUCACCUGAUCUUCCCAGCAUAAAUAAAGAAGGGGAAGAACCAGCCCAAGGCAACAGUGGGUCUGAAGCCUGUAGCAGUUCUUUUCUAAGAUUAUCUUUCACUUCAGAAACUCCUCUGGAGAAGGAACCUCCCUCUCCUGUUGAUGAGCCUGGGCUACAGGCAGAAUCUACUCCGAUAUCCCCUGAAACUAGGGGAAACAAGAAAAAGAAGAAACUUCGUAAGAAAAAAACACUACGGGCUGCCCUUGUUCCUGAGAAUAGUGACACUGAGCAGGAUGUAUUUACUGCUAAACCUGUAAGGAAAGUAAAAAUAGGCAAGUUACCUAAAGGAGGAAAAGUGUCCACUUCCACCUGGGAAGACAGCAGAACUAGCCGGGAACAGGAGAGUGUCCGAGACGAGCCUGAGAGCGAUUCAUCUUUGGAAGUCCUAGAAGUUCCUCAUCCUCAGUUAGAAGUUGUAGCCAUUGAUUCUUCUGAAUCUGGAGAAGAGAAACCAGAUAGCCCCUCUAAAAAAGAUAUUUGGGGCUCUGCAGAACAAAAUCCAGUAGAAACUUCUCGUUCUGGUUGUGAUGAAGUUAGCUCUACCAGUGAGAUUGUCACUCCCAGCAAGGAUGGCAUCCCUGUAAGUGUGGCAGAAACUCAGACUGUGAUCUGCGCCCUAAAAAGCUCAAAGAACUCUUCAGAAAUAUCUUCAGAGCCAGGAGAUGAUGAUGAGCCCACAGAAGGAAGCUUUGAAGGGCACCAAGCUGCAGUGAAUGCAAUUCAGAUAUUUGGAAACUUACUAUAUACCUGUUCGGGAGAUAAAACUGUCCGAGUGUAUAACCUGGUGAGUCGGAAAUGUAUUGGUGUCUUCGAGGGCCAUACUUCCAAAGUGAACUGUCUCCUGGUCACUCAGACCUCUGAGAGGAGUGCUGCGCUCUACACAGGUUCCAGUGAUCACACCAUUCGCUGCUACAAUAUUAAGACCCAGAUGUGCAUAGAGCAGUUAAAGCUGGAAGACCGGGUUCUCUGCCUCCACAGUCGAUGGCGAAUCCUGUAUGUAGGACUGGCAAAUGGCACUGUGGUCACCUUCAACACCAAGAGCAACAAACAACUCGAGAUCUUUGAAUGCCAUGGGCCAAGGGCCGUCAGCUGUCUUGCCACAGCCCAAGAGGGUUCCCGAAAGCUGCUGGUUGUGGGAUCUUACGACUGCACCAUUAGUGUGCGGGAUGCCCGGAACGGACUGCUCCUCAGAACUCUGGAGAGCCAUACCAAGACCAUUCUCUGUAUGAAGGUGGUGAAUGACCUUGUGUUCAGCGGCUCCAGUGACCAGUCCGUCCAUGCUCACAACAUUCAUACUGGUGAGCUUGUGCGGAUCUAUAAAGGUCACAACCACGCAGUGACCGUGGUGAACAUCCUAGGAAAAGUGAUGGUGACUGCUUGCCUGGAUAAAUUUGUUCGUGUCUAUGAAUUACAGUCUCAUGAUCGACUGCAAGUUUAUGGAGGACACAAAGACAUGAUUAUGUGUAUGACCAUCCACAAAAGCAUGAUUUACACUGGCUGUUACGAUGGCAGUAUUCAGGCUGUGAAGCUAAAUCUGAUGCAGAAUUACCGCUGUUGGUGGCAUGGUUGCUCUCUGAUAUUUGGUGUUGUAGAUCACUUAAAACAACACUUGUUGACUGACCACACUAAUCCAAACUUUCAGACUCUGAAGUGUCGCUGGAAGAACUGUGAUGCUUUUUUCACAGCUAAGAAAGGAUCCAAGCAGGAUGCUGCAGGACAUAUUGAACGACAUGCUGAAGACGAGAGCAAAAUUGAUUCAUGAAAUUUUUUGCCUCCCAUGUUGGGAAGUCAUUAGUUGAACUAUUUUCAUAUCAGCCCCUAACACAGGCCACCAUCUUCCCUCUGUCUGGGAAGCAGGGAGGAGAAAGUGGUUGCCAGCCAGGCUGACCACUAGCAUAUCUGGGCAGCUCUAUGGGAUGGUGAGGUGCACCACAAGAUCUUGUGGGAGUGUUUCGACAGCCAAUUCCAGACAGCUUCCAAGGAGCCACACCCCAGACAUAGGGAGAUUUAUGUUCCCAGCAUUCUCCAGAUGUUCACUAAAGAUCCAGAUCUUAAUUGGUUGCCCAGGUUGACACUAGACAUUUGUGUAUUUAAUGGAUUUCAGAUUUUUAUUUAGUUUAUGUUUGUAAUGAUGGCUUGAACCUAGAGUCAGGUUUUUAACCACAAGUUUGUCCAGAUGCUAAAUUUGCAAAAUGAAUUUUAAUUUUUCUAGUUAGAAUAACUGGGUAUCUAAAUUGGAAGCAAACAGUUUCCUUUCUUAACAAUUAUGUACAGUGUGUUUCACUGUUCACCUGCUUUGUUGAAGGACAGAACAGGCUUUAAAUGCAAAAGGACACACAGAUUUUUGGUAAGCAGCUAGAGCGGUGGCUCCGCCCGCUAUAUAUUUUAGGAAUUCAGAAAAGCAGUCCCACAGUGGUGAUUCCUGACUGGCAGCAUGGCCUGGUGAAUGCCUCUGCUCAGUGUGAGGCGGUGCACAGCCCAUCACCUGCCUCUCAGUUUUGCUGCUAGACCUGGGCAUUGUGCUACAGCGUUGUCUGUCGUCGGGCUGUUUGAACUGAGGUGCACCUUUAUGUCCUUCUCUGGGUUCUGGGAAGCUUUGUGUGGGUCUGAACCUUUCGGUUUGCUCCACUGUCCGCCCCUGUCUCUCCCUGUCUGGCUGUGCUUGGACCAAGGCAGACAUCAAGCGUUCCUGCUGACCCAACAAGGUGCUCUCCAGCCGUCCCAGUCCCCAGGAUGGGAGGAUUAGAAUAAAGCAUCUGGGUACAGUUUGUAGGGCCUCCAGUAGGCUUCCUGGAGACUCACUUCUGAAGUCAGUGUCUUUGCCUUUGCCUCCCCAGUAGCUGGAAGAGUGCAGUACGGUGGAGGGAAAGGCUCUGCCUGUCCAUUGUAAAUACCCAAGCCGACAAAACCUGAGAGGACUGCUUUGUUUUGGAAUUCUCUGGACUCUUAUUAGUAAAGCUAUACAGGUGUCACUUUCUAACCUUUUUGUGUCUGGAGUCUCAGAACUUAGAUUUCUUCAGAUAAAGGAGAAGGGCCCACGCCACAUUCUGAGCUGCAGGAUGUGGCACCUGUUGUUUUCUCUGGCUGCAGAGUAUCUGGGUUAUUCCACCCUGCCUGUGCACACACAUCUGCAUGCCUUCCUUCAGGCUCUAGGGCAAUGACUUCCCCUCGGGUUCCUAGACAGGCUGCAGGAACUCUGUGAGCCCUGAAGUAUACACAAGAUGAUGUGUAUUCUCUUUUCCAGAAAAGGCUCCAGUGGUUCUUACUGGAGCCAGAAGUAAUUUAGGAAAUACUACUAGAUAAUGGCUGGCUGGCCUCACAACUGUUAAUUCUGUCCUUGUGAGUGGGACACCUCUUAACCACACUGUUUGGAUUUGUGGGAUGCUGAAGCAAGAACAGAGCUUCUGUAGAUAAAGUAUAAUCAGUUUCUGUUUGAGAUUAACCAUCUUUUCCCACCUCUCAUCCACGUAUCCUAUAAGGGUUAUCAGAGAAUCCACACUGUUGUGUGCGAUUGGGAAUAGCGAUUUCCCAGGAAAGUCCUUUUGGAGCCAUUGCUAACCCUGGCAUUUUUCUCUGCGCGGCAG